AUGGGUUGUAUACAAAGCUUCAGGCAAUGCUGUGACCGGCCGAAAAAUACCAAUGUCCGAAUUAGUCUUCCAGCAGUGUGUUUCAUAUGGCAAAUUGCCAUGAUCAUCUUAUUCGGCAUUUUUAUCCGUUAUAACGAGGAAUCGGAUGCACAUUGGAUAGAGCAUAAAACUUCUAAUAACAUAUCCAGUAACAUUGAGAACGACUUCUAUUUCAGAUAUCCAAGUUUCCAGGAUGUCCAUGUGAUGAUCUUUGUGGGCUUCGGUUUCCUCAUGACCUUCCUGAAGCGCUACAGCUUCGGUGCCGUUGGCUUCAACUUCCUCAUCGCCGGCUUCGGCCUUCAGUGGGCACUUCUGAUGCAGGGAUGGUUCCACUCUCUGGACCCAAUGGACGGCAAGAUCAAGAUCGGCGUGGAGAGCAUGAUCAAUGCAGACUUCUGUGUAGCCAGCUGCCUGAUAGCGUACGGGGCGGUGCUAGGCAAGGUGAGCCCAGUCCAGUUGAUGGUGAUGACGCUGUUUGGAGUCACUCUGUAUGCUGUGGAGGAGUAUAUCAUCCUCAGCCUCAUACAUGCCAGGGAUGCUGGUGGCUCGAUGGUGAUCCACACAUUCGGGGCUUAUUAUGGUCUGUCCAUCUCGUGGAUGCUGUACCGGCCCAACCUGGACCAGAGCAAGCAUCGGAUUGGCUCUGUCUAUCAUUCAGACGUCUUUGCCAUGAUCGGAACCCUGUUCCUGUGGAUGUUCUGGCCUAGUUUUAACUCGGCCAUCUCAGACCACGGGGAUGGGCAGCAUCGAGCAGCCAUCAACACCUACCUGUCCCUGGCCGCCACUGUCCUCACGGCCAUAGCCAUCUCCAGUCUCUCCCAGAAGACCGGCAAGCUGGACAUGGUUCACAUCCAGAACGCCACACUGGCCGGGGGCGUUGCCGUGGGAACGGCAGCGGAGUUCAUGCUAAUGCCUUAUGGGUCUCUGAUUGUAGGGUUCUGCUGUGGCAUCAUCUCCACCCUGGGUUACAUUUAUAUCACGCCAUUCAUGGAGAAAUAUCUGAAGAUCCACGACACGUGUGGCAUCCACAACCUCCACGCCAUGCCUGGAGUCAUAGGGGGCAUCGUGGGCGCCAUCACUGCUGCAGCCGCCAGUGAAGGCGUCUAUGGCAAGGAGGGGUUGAGAAACACGUUUGACUUUAAGGGGAAAUGGAAAGAUAUGAUGCCGACCCAGCAGGGAGGACACCAGGCAGCAGGGCUCUGUGUUGCCCUCUGCUUUGGAAUCGGAGGAGGAAUCAUUGUUGGCUGUAUCCUGAGGUUACCGAUCUGGGGGGAUGCUCCUGAUAACAGAUGCUUUGAUGAUGAGAUCUACUGGGAGUUACCUGAGGAUGAAGAGAACAAUCCACCUACCGUGGAGUACAGUAACCACAUGCGGAACAAGGCCGUAACAGAAUCUAAUGUAUCUUUGGAACGGAGACAGAACUGACGCUAGAGCCUGAUGUCAUCUCCCCCUACACUUUCAACUAAUGGUCCUAUCCUACACUGACUCCUGCUGGACAGAAAACAGGCCUCUCCUCUUCACCACUCUUUAUGCUGUUCUGUUCAUGGAAUUUAUAGAAACACUGAUACUUGUUAUCUUUAAUGAAAUCACAUUGGAAAAUAAUAAAAUAGCUAGAUAAAAAUGAUGGUGGCAUGUUUUAUCACCAGUCAGGCAUAUGUCAAAUCACAAGCAGACCCUUAAUCAUUCCUAUUAACUGUAAAAUAGGCUAUUGUAUGUGACUGUACACAAUGUCUUUAUACAGCCCACACCUCCGGUGAUGCUGGUACUCGAAUAAUUAUUGCAGUUAUCAGAAUUUUUGGAGAUUCUGUCCUUUUUGACAGGUAUACCGUAUGCCAUGUUUUGUUUGUUUGUUUAUGUUUUUUUUAGGUCCUGUUGCCUGGGUGUUUCAUAGGGGGGGCCAAGGGGGGACCAAGAACAGUUCAUGGGUGGCAAUGGGAAAUCAGCAAAUUGGCUUAAACUAUGAUGUAUUGAAUAACUAAUUCAAAUGGUAAUUUUUUGUCUGCCCUAAUCUAUUUAA